AAAGCAGGUUAGGAGAAUUAACGUAGCCGGUUAGGAUAAUUAGGUAAAAGGUUAGCUAAAAUGCACAAAAAAAAUAACUUUUGACUUUUAAUUUGAAUAAAAGCUGGAUCCUUUCUAAACAUUACGGUAUAUGUUCCGCGUUUAUAUGACAUCAUUAUACUGAGACUACCGGAAGAGACGUGGCAAAAUGUCCGCUUUUGGGAACGUUCGCAUUUUCUAGCUUAAGUUAUUUGUACCACCUUUUCCUUCAAACGAUAAAUCAUCGAGGAGAAAACUUGUGUGACAGCACGACAGACAGACCAUGGGUCUGUGCAAGUGUCCUAAGAGGAAGGUGACCAACUUGUUCUGCUUUGAACAUCGGGUGAAUGUGUGUGAGCAUUGCCUGGUCUCCAACCACAACAAGUGUAUAGUGCAGUCCUACCUCCAGUGGCUUCAGGAUAGUGAUUACAACCCUAACUGUCGACUGUGUAAUAACCCACUGAUCUCCCAGGAUACUGUCAGAUUGGUCUGCUAUGAUGUAUUCCACUGGGCCUGUCUUCAUCACCUGGCAGCCCGGUUGCCCCUACACACUGCUCCUGCAGGAUACCAGUGUCCCAGCUGCCAGGGUCCAGUAUUCCCCCCCUCCAACCUGGCCAGCCCAAUAGCUGACAUGCUGAGGGAACAGUUGUCCUUAGUCAACUGGGCCAGAGCUGGACUAGGCCUACCUCUGAUUGAAGAACCUGUAAAAGCUAUUCAAGACAGCACACAGGAUGUCACUGAUUAUGCCGACUGGUCCACGUUUGAUGCACCAGCAUUGGAGCCUACUGAAGCUUACCCCACCGACUCCUACGCCUCCCAACCACACCCAGGCCUCGCCCCUACUCCAGUUCCAAACACAGUUCAGGAAGAUCAUGGAAGUCUCCACAACAAAGGGGAGAUGGUGGCUCAUGAACAACACUCUUUGGUCAACAUGAUCACUGCAACCACCAGUGACACCAUCACCCUACACACAGCAUCAUCCCCAAGGAAGAUCUAUGACACUAGGGACUCCGGACACAGCUCUGUGACACAGAUCGACUUUGAUGACGACAAGUACCGGCGACGACCAGCACUCAGCUGGUUUGCACGGAUUCUCAAAAACCGGGCCGGUUCCAAGAGGACAGGCCUGUCCUGGAAGCAGAGGGUCUUCAUGCUCCUUCUGGUUGGAGUUCUGGGAUUCUUUACCUUGAUCAUCAUUAUGGCUAAACUGGGCCGUGCUUCAGCCGACUCCGACCCCAACUUAGACCCCCUACUAAACCCCAACAUCCGAGUGGGCAACAACUGACCAGCUCCAAGUCCUAGUGAGUGUUGAACAUAGGGCCGAUAUAGGCCAUCUAAGAUGGUGGGACCAGUAAAGGCAGAGAGCUACCUUCUCUCUCUCUCAGACAUGAAAGAAAAGAGGAUGCAUUUUGUCCUGGAAUUGAUGGCAACCUGACACCCUCCUUUGGGAUAGGCAGUUGCUUUUAGAGCUAUAUGUACAAUGAAUUUAUAUAUUUUGACCCACUCCACAUCAAAUGAGAUUGCAUUAUUGGAAUGAAUGGUGAUGGGGAAAACAGAUUUUCACCACAGAAAUACUGUAUUCUAUGACACAUGGCUUUUUGCAACAUCUGCUAAAACAGGCAUUUUUGAAGGGGGCGUCAAUAAGUUGCUCAAGUUAAUUGACAGAGUGAUGUUUGUGUUGAAUUGGAAGAAUGCUACACCUGACAUUCACAUACUACAUUGUAUGGUGAUUUAAAUGAGUCUGUAAAUAUAUAAAUUUAAUGAGAUGAUAGUGUGUUUUUGUGUUGAACUGGAAUAAAUGUUUAACCAAUUCUCAAAUUCUGUAUGCAAUAUACGUUCAUAUUUUGUGGAUAAACAAAAUGUACAACAGAUACUGUGAGGAUAUUCAAGUAGUGGUUAACCGAUUGGACAUUGGUCUUGGUUUAGCAUUAAAAUGGCACAUGCAGUCUUAAAUCUACAAGUGCCCUGUGCUCAGACACUUUGAUAGAGUGAUCUACUUUCUCCUGAAUUUGAAGUGUUAUGAAAGGUGUGUUGAUGGGACCUCUAAAAUAAGUACAGUGCAUUCGGACAGUAUUCAGACCCCUUAACUUAUGUUAGACUUAUUUUAAAAGGAUUAAAGUUUUUUUUUUUCUUCAAUCUACACACAAUACCCCAUAAUGACAAAGCCAAAACAAUAUGAAUAUGUAUUCAGACCCUUUACGCUGUAGUUUGAAGGGCCAUUGGCAUUGAUUACAGCCUUGAGUCUUCUUGGGUACAAGCUUGGCAGACCUGUAUUUGGGGAGUUUCUUCCAUUCAUCUCUGCAGGUCCUCUCAAGCUCUUUCCUGGUUGGAUGGGGGGUUGCUGCAUAGCUAGUUUCAGGUCUCUCCAGAGAUGUUUCAUCGGUCUGGGUUCUGGCUGGGCCACUCAAGGAUAUUCAGAGACUUGUCCCAAAGCCAGUCAUGCAUUGUCUUGGCUGUGUGCUUUGGGUCGUUGUCCUG